UAACGAUUACGUAUACAUGUAAUAAAAACGUCAUAUCCAAACCUAGUCACGUUGGAUCACCCUCGAUGAUUAAGUCGCCCUUUUCGUCGUCCUGCUGCGUUUACGUAUGCAAGGGACUUUAAAGGCAGUGCGAGGGAUGUCAUAAACGACUGGAGCGAGGAGCUUGGUGGUGCGUUUGAGACCAGUGAGGCGGUACCUUCGGAGCCUCCUUCACUCUGCUGCGCAAGCGAGCUCUUCGGAACAGAAAUGGCGGAGGGGGAGUUGGACGUGGACUCGUUGAUUUCAAGGCUGUUAGAGGUGCGAGGAUGUCGUCCAGGGAAGAUCGUGCAGAUGACAGAGGCCGAGGUGCGGGGCCUCUGCAUCAAGUCCCGGGAGAUCUUCCUCAGUCAGCCCAUCCUUCUAGAGCUGGAGGCUCCGCUCAAAAUCUGCGGUGACAUCCACGGGCAGUACACAGAUCUGUUGAGGCUCUUCGAGUACGGAGGCUUCCCGCCAGAGGCCAACUACCUGUUUCUGGGCGACUACGUUGACAGGGGAAAGCAGUCAUUGGAGACCAUUUGCCUGCUAUUGGCCUACAAGAUCAAGUACCCCGAGAACUUCUUCCUUCUCCGGGGCAACCACGAGUGUGCCUCCAUCAAUCGCAUUUACGGCUUCUACGACGAGUGUAAGCGCCGGUUCAACAUCAAGCUGUGGAAGACCUUCACCGACUGCUUCAACUGCCUGCCCAUUGCGGCCAUCGUUGACGAGAAGAUUUUUUGCUGUCACGGAGGUCUGUCGCCAGAUCUGCAGUCUAUGGAGCAGAUUCGACGCAUCAUGAGACCUACAGACGUGCCAGACACAGGCCUGCUCUGUGAUCUUCUGUGGUCGGAUCCGGACAAGGAUGUGCAGGGAUGGGGCGAGAACGACCGCGGCGUCUCCUUCACGUUCGGCGCCGACGUGGUCAGCAAGUUCCUCAACCGGCAUGACUUGGAUCUCAUCUGCAGAGCCCACCAGGUUGUAGAAGACGGCUACGAGUUCUUUGCGAAGAGGCAGCUGGUGACCCUCUUCUCGGCACCCAACUACUGCGGCGAAUUCGACAACUCGGGUGGAAUGAUGAGCGUGGACGAAACCCUGAUGUGCUCCUUCCAGAUCCUGAAGCCCUCCGAGAAGAAAGCCAAGUACCAAUACGGCGGCAUGAACACCGGCCGGCCUGUCACUCCUCCCCGUACAGCGCAACCUCCCAAAAAGCGGUGAAGUAGAAGCCAAAAAGACGACGUCACGGUCAUCUGACGGCAUACGUCCAUUAACUGUUUAAAGAGAGAAGGAAACUCCCCCGUUUUCGUUAUUUCCCAUUGAACUGCCUCUUAUCUACCCCGAUUGCAUCUACCGUAUGUAACCUUCAAACAUUAAAAAUGUGACAAAAAACAACUUCAGGGUCCUAACUUUGACUUUUU